GAAAUGUGUGUCACUAUCCUGCUGAAACAGGGUGCUGACCCAAAUCUUGCGGACAACUGUCAGAACACUGCUCUGCAUUACGCCGUCUUGGCUGAAGAUACAUCAAUUGCAGCAGAGCUGCUCUGCUAUAAGGCAAACAUCGAGGCGAUAAACCAGUAUAACUUCACACCAUUUUUAGUCGCCGUCAGGGAGAACAAAGAAGAGAUGGUCAAAUUUUUGAUUGAGAACGGGGCAAAUGUACAUGCAGUCGACAAGAUGCAAAGAUCAGCGCUCAUGCUUGCUGUGUUUCAUGACUCACCGGACACAGUCAAGCUGCUGCUUCAGAAGCAUGUUAAUGCCAGUUCUCGAGAUUUACACGGAAUGUCUGCUGAAAGAUAUGCUUGUCGUAAUGGUUUUAAACAGUAAGUGUUUACAUUAAAAUGGCAGUUAUCUCUAAAUUGAGGUUGAAAAUGACCUAACUGUUACUUGUUACAUGACAGGUGAGAGUUCCUAGUUGGGAGCAGGCACUUUGGGGAUGGCAGUGAGACCCUCCCCAUCACCAGCUGGAAACCAGCAAAAGGCCAGACUAGUGAGAUGGAGCAGUGGGCACGGGGUUCUUUAUCUCAGGGUUUGUAAGACCUUUAUCCUUAGGGUCCUACUGGUCUCCAUUUCAUUUCAGUGUAACCCCUAUGUA